AGACUCUCUGCGGGGACGUUGUCUGUGAGCACAAGAGGAACAGGUGCUCUGGGACAAGGGGAUUCCAGAUCCCUCUUUUUUUUAUUACUCCCCUGUCCCCUUUCCUUCUUUUUUUCCCUUGAAAAUGGUGUCCAAGCUAUCGCCUUUGCAGCAGGAACUCCUCAAUGCUCUCCUCAACUCUGGAGUAACCAAAGAGGAUCUGAUCCAGGCCUUGGACGAUAUGAUUCCCAGCCCAAGCUUUGGGGUGAAGCUGGAAAACUUGCACAUGUCCCCGGAACAUGAAUCUGACAAUAAACCCGUAUUCCACACUCUCACCAAUGGCCACCACCAUAAGGGCAAACUCUCCGGGGAUGAGGGCUCUGAGGAUGGAGAUGACUUUGAUACCCCUCCAAUACUUAAAGAACUGCAGUCCCUCAAUACGGAGGAGGCAGCUGAGCAAAGGGCAGAAGUGGACAGAAUGUUGAGCGAGGAUCCAUGGAGGGCUGCAAAAAUGAUAAAGGGUUAUAUGCAACAACACAAUAUUCCUCAGAGAGAAGUGGUGGAUAUCACUGGCUUAAACCAGUCCCAUCUCUCCCAACAUUUAAACAAAGGAACACCAAUGAAGACCCAAAAACGUGCUGCAUUGUACACUUGGUAUGUGAGGAAACAAAGGGAGAUAGUAAUACAAUUCAACCAGACAGUCCAGGGUUCUGGAAAUAUUACAGACAAAAGCAGUCAGGAUCAGCUGCUGUUUCUCUUUCCAGAGUUUAAUCAGCAAAAUCCAGUCCCAGGACAGCCUGACGAUUCCUGCUCAGAGCCUGCCAACAAGAAGAUGAGACGAAAUCGUUUCAAGUGGGGGCCUGCAUCACAGCAUAUUCUUUACCAAGCCUAUGAAAGGCAAAAGAAUCCCAGCAAAGAAGAAAGAGAAGCUUUAGUGGAAGAGUGUAAUAGAGCGGAAUGUAUUCAACGUGGUGUAUCUCCAUCUAAAGCUCAUGGCCUUGGAUCAAAUUUGGUAACAGAAGUCCGUGUUUAUAAUUGGUUUGCAAACAGAAGGAAAGAGGAAGCUUUUAGACAAAAAUUGGCUAUGGAUGCCUAUAGUACUGGCCCAUCACACCCCCACAACUUGAAUUCUCUACUAUCACAUGGAUCACCACACCAUACUCAACCAAGCACUUCUCCACCAAGUAAACUGCAAGGGAUGAGAUAUAAUCAACAAGGAAACAAUGAAGUCACUUCAUCAUCAACUAUCAGUCACCAUGGCAAUAAUGCCAUGGUGACCAGCCAAUCUGUUUUACAGCAAGUUUCUCCAGUCGGCUUGGAUCACAGCCACAGCAUGCUUUCACCUGAUGGCAAACUGAUAUCCGUUUCUGGAGGAGGAUUACCGCCAGUUAGUACGCUGACCAACAUUCACAACCUGUCCCAGUCUGUUCAUCACAAUCACCAGCAAUCUCAAAACCUUAUCAUGGCACCGAUCUCUGGAGUGAUGGCAAUCACACAAAAUUUAAACACCUCUCAGGCACAAAGUGUACCUGUUAUCAACAGUGUUGCAGGGAGCCUUGCAGCUUUACAGUCUGUACAGUUUUCACAGCAACUACACAGUCCACAUCAUCAGCAAAUCAUGCAACAGUCCUCCGGGCAUAUGGCACAGCAGCCAUUUAUGGCUACUGUGACUCAGCUACAGAAUUCACACAUGUAUGCGCACAAGCAUGAGCCUCCCCAGUAUUCCCACACUUCUCGUUUUCCUUCAGCCAUGGUUGUCACAGAUACUAGCAGCAUCAGCACAUUAUCAAAUAUGUCUUCCAGUAAACAGUGUCCUUUGCAAGCAUGGUGAUGAACAACAAUAUUCAAGGGUUUUUAUAUUUUUGCAUCCUGACGUCUUCUGCUACUUGUUGCUGCUGACAGGAAUAAUAAGAAAGGGCCUUUAGUGAUGGACCUGUAAUGUUGGAUGUACCACGUGUACUUCAGUACACUUGCAUUGCAGUCCCUUUUGCAGUAUUUCCAGGAAGAGCAUUCAAGGCCAAAUGAUUUAAACAAACAACUGGGAAACAGAACAAAUUUUAGUGGGAAAACCAAGGAUGACUGAAGAUAAACGGACAACUAAACAACUGAAUGUAGAAAUCUAUGCAGACAUUGAACUGAGCCAAUGUAAAUAUCUUUUUAUGAAGACAUGGACACAAAAUAUUUCUUUAUAAGAAGGUAAUUUGUUGAAUAAUUGUAAAAAUGUAAAAAAGUGCAAUUUUUUGUACAUAUUAUAAAAAAAAA